UUCUCCUUUAAGUUCUACGAAGUUUUGAUUUCAUAAAGCACAAAACAAUGAAGCCGGCAUUUAAGAGCAGUGAACACACACCGACUGUACCGGAUUUCGUGGAUAUACCAUUAUAUCUAAUAAAAUUUGUCGGUGCAAAACUUUUCAAAUGGACACCGAAUGAACCAACAAGCAAAUCGCGCAUAAUAUUUAUGGUUAUAUAUUUCGGUUUUACGAUUUAUAAUUUUACAAGUAUGAUGCUCUACGUGAUCUACGAAGAGUUGAAUGAUUUACUGGAUCUAACUGAGUUUAUAUUGUUUUGGGGAUUUUCGCUGAAUGCAAUGAUGAAGGGCUGUACAAUGGUGUAUUAUCGACAUGAAAUCGAGACUAUACUCCAGGGUUUAAUUGCCAGACAUCCGAAAACGAAGGAGGAACGUGUGGAGUUUCAGUUGAUGUCAUACUAUAAAACUAUUAACGCAUCCAAUAAAUACCUUUCAAUAUGGCAUUUAACUAUAGCAACAAUGUUUGUGUUUCAACCAAUGCUGACAUCGAUAUACGGUUAUAUAAAUCGCGUGGAUGAAAAUGAAGAUUUUGACUAUACUUUACCCUUUAUGAUGAGCUAUUACUACAAUACAAAUCGUCCGUUUCCUUAUGCCAUUUCAUAUUUCUUACAAUGCGGUAGUGCAUACCAUAUGUCACUGUUGUUCUUGAGUGGCGAUUUAUUGCUCAUCUCUAUGGUGCAAUUGGUUAAUAUGCAUUUGGAAUAUUUGAUAUAUCGUAUUGAGAACUUUAAACCAAACGGUACGGAUGCUGAUAUGAAAGUACUCGGACCAUUGCUGGAAUAUCACAAUGAGAUAUUGGAUUAUACUGAGCGUAUCGAUAACACUUUCAGUUUGGCCACCCUACUCAACUAUGGAGGCACAUGUUUGGUGCUCUGUCUUAUUGGUCUUCAAAUCGUAUUGGGCACAGAAGCUUUGAGUCUAAUAAAAUUUAUCGGUUUUCUUGUUUCUACGAUUGUGCAGAUGUUUUUAGUCUCCUAUUUUGGAAAUAAUCUAAAAGAUUUGGUAAUACAUAUACAUACAUAUAUUUCGGAUAAAGAUAAUUUUGAGAUUUAAAAUCAAAUUAUGUUUAAUUUUAUCUAAAUGAAAGAGCACUGGUAUAAGUGAUGCAUUCUACAAUCAUCCCUGGU